CCGGGGUCAUCGAUUUGAAUUGAUCUUUUCUCAUUCAAUUGUUUACAAUUCAAAUCAAGAACCCCCCAACAAUAUAGAAAAGUUUUAUAAUUUGCCGAAAAACAGUUAAAUUACUUAAAUUAAAUUGUAAAAUCAUUCAAGAUGGUAGAAGAACAUUCAGAUUCAGGUUCAGAAAAAUCGUCAGGCUCGAGAUCCAGAAGCUCAUCAAAAAGUAAUGGUUCGGGCUCAAGAAGUCCAUCUAGAAGCCGUAGUCGGUCCAAAAGUGGCAGUAGGAGUGGAAGUGGCUCUGAAAGUGGUAGUAAUCGGUCAAAAAGUGGAUCCAGAAGUCAAAGUCGUUCGAAAAGUCGCAGUCAAUCGAAAAGUGUGUCCAGAAAAAGCAGUCGAUCAAAAAGUGGAUCUAGAAGAAGCAGUCGUUCGAAUACUGGUAGUCCACAAAGAUCCAGUAGUGUACAAAAAUCCCGUAGUGGAUCUCCACAAACAUCCAGAAGUAGAAGCAUACAGAAAUCACAUAGUGGAUCUCCUCAAAAGUCACGUAGUGGAUCCCCUCAAAAGUCACGUAGUGGAUCACCUCAAAAGUCUCGUUCUGGAUCACCUCAAAAGUCUCGUUCUGGAUCACCUCAAAAGUCUCGUUCUGGAUCCCCUCAAAAGUCUAAAAGUCGUUCACCAGACAGUAGACCAAAAACACCAGAAAAGUCUAGAAGUGAAAGUCCAGGAAAGUCUAAAAGUAGAAGUCCACAAAAGUCUCGAAGUGCGUCACAAGAAUCAGAGGAAAUUGGUACGAGAAAAAGGAAAAUAAUAUCAGAUUCUGAGUCUGAUGGUGAAAAAAAGAAGGAAACACCACAAAAACGAAGUAAAUUGAUUGACACUGAUAGUGAUGAUUCUGAUAUCGAUAAUAAAAAGCAAGAGGAAAAGGAUGGAAAGAAUGUUAAUUCCUUGUUUGGUGACGCUGAUGAUAUUAGUACAGACGAUGAUGCAAAAAGUGAUAAAAGUGAUAAAGAUGAUGAUUCUGACAAAGAGUCAGAUCGUAUAAAAAGAAGUGGAAGUGACGACUCUAUGCGUCGAUCAAGGUCUCGCAGUCGUAGCCGUGAUGAUCGUGCAAAAACUGAAGAAAAAGAGCGUACACCAAUCCCAGAAACUAGAAUUGAUGUUGAAAUUCCAAGAAUUGUAUCAGAUUUAGGAAAGGAUAUUCAUUUUGUAAAGCUUCCAAAUUUCUUAUCUGUAGAUACACGUCCAUUUGAUCAAGAUACUUACGAGGAUGAAAUUGACGAGGAAGAGACAUUAGACGAAGAAGGUAGACAGCGAUUAAAAUUGAAAGUUGGUAAUACAAUUCGUUGGCGAAAAUUUAUUAAUAAUCAAGGAGAAACUGUUCAGGAAUCGAAUGCACGAUUUGUUCGAUGGUCAGAUGGAUCACUUAGUCUACAUUUGGGUUCUGAAAUAUUUGAUGUCUAUAAGCAGCCGUUACAAAAUGACCAUAACCAUUUGUUCAUUCGUCAAGGAACUGGAUUGCAAGGUCAAGCCGUAUUUAGAACAAAACUUACAUUUAGACCACAUUCAACAGAUUCAUUUACACACAAAAAAAUGACUAUGUCACUUGCUGAUCGCUCUCAGAAAACAUCUGGCAUUAAAAUUCUCUCACAAGUUGGCCAAGAUCCAGAUCAAUUUCGUGCUGAAAAUAUUAAGAAAGAGGAAGAAUCCUUACGUCAAGUUAUGCGGCAACGAAAACCUGCCAAAGCAUCAAAACGUACAAAGAGAAUGCCUGGUACAGCUGGUUAUGAAAAUGAUGAAGGAUCAGAGGACGAAGGUGGCAUUUCCAUUGCUGCUAUUAAGAAUAAAUAUAAGAAAGGGAGUGUCGACAAUAAGCCAAUUUAUUCAAGUGACGAGGAUGAUGAUGGUUCUGAUGGAUCUGAUUUUGAUGCCAGAAAAAAGAAAAAGGAUAAAUCUAAACCAUUAAAGGCACUUAAUGAUUCAGACGAGGAAGGAGGCAACGAUAAUGCAAAGAAUGAUAAUCAUUCAGGAUCCGACGAUGAUAAACAUUCAGGCAAAGGAAGUGACGAUGGCAGUGGAAGUGAAAGCGAUGAAGAUUAAUAGAUUUAUUCUGUAAAUGAGUUAUAAAAUUGAAAAUAAUAAAAAAAUUUAAUUUUUGAUCAUAGUCUUGCCGUCUUUUUGGAUUUACUGCACGUGCUUUAAAUGUCUGUUGUAACUUGUAAUUUUCAACCAAAAAAGGAAAUUUAUUUCUUAAGUAUAAAGUUUGCAUACAAUAAAGUUAAUAAUCAACUACAGAAUGAAUCUUGUGGACAUCCGAUUUAAGUCCUUGAAUUUGACGCAUCAUGUCAUUAAGAAAUUCUUUAAUAGUUUCUUCCUGUUUUGGUGGUAAUGAAGUCUUGAUGCUUUCCUCGUUAGUUUUGGUAUAAUUGUCAAGAGCAUUCUUCUGGACCUCAUCUUUUGCCUUAAUUUGCUUAACGUCCGAUGCUAAUUUAUCAAUUAUUCCUUUAUAAUUCUUGAUUGUAUCGAUAAAUUCUUUUUCAUUGACAGCAGGAACUUUUAAUGAUGCUAGACGAGAAAUAUCUUGUAUUCUUUUCUGUAGGUUUUGCUGCUUUUCCAUAAUAUCUUCAUGCAUGUCAGCCAAUUUAUAAGCCUUCUCUUGGAUCUGUUCUUUACUUUUCAAAAGUUCUCCAAUUUCAUCCUUUUGUUGGUGCUUCAUUAGUUCCAAAAUUUUAAUUCUCUUGCUAAUUUCUUGUCGAACUUUAUCGUGCCUUGCAAACUGCUUUUCUCUCAUUAUUUGUAAUGUAUUCAUUAAUAACUGGAAGGUUUGCUGAGAUGAUGGAGGCUUAGUUUUAUCCAAUUGUAAAAUUGGCUGUGACACAUCAGAUUUUAAAAGUGCUCGAAUAUGUUGAUCAAAUGGUACUUUGUUAAGCUGAUCAUCAACUAUUUUCAUAUCUUGUAAUCUCGGUGCUUGAAUGUUCAAAUCAGUCACUAAUGGCAACAUUGUUUUUACAGUAUUUAAACUUACAACUUGACCACUACUCAUUACUGCAAAAAUUCCUGAAGGUAGCUGUAAAAUUCCGAAUCCAACAAUUGCAUUUACUUUCGAAUUAUUAAAUGCUUUAGUGCUCAAUAUAUACUCAGCUCUGGAUGGAACGUUUAAGCUCAAAUCCUGUUCAUUGUCUUGAUCUUCUAAAUAAUUUUGAAGCUUCUGUACAAAACCAAUUGUUAUGCCAUGUAAUCCAGUAUCAUGAUAGCAAAAAUAUCUCUGUUCAUUGACUAGAUCACGUUUCAAAUAUAUUGGGCAUGAAGUAGUAUCCGAUUUAUCAUCAUUUUGAAGUCCUAAUUCUAAUUCAAUGUUUUCCAUGACAUAUAAAGUCCAAUCAUUUUGUAAGACUGUCUUAGUUUCAUUUAAUGACAUUUCUGUGUUUGGAUUUUCAAUUAAUAAUGCAUGAUGUAAAAUGCCUGAAUUUUCAGCUAUAACAAUUGUCAUUGGAUUAGUUGGUAUCACUAGUAAUGAGCAUGAAUCAUCUCCAUAGUUAUCUUUUUGUGAAGGAGUCAUUGUUAUCGGACCUUGCAAGCGAGGUUUUUCAGUAUUUAAACCAGCAUUCAUAAUAUAAAUAGUACCAUUUCCUCUCAAUAUUAUAAUUACCCAUUCAACCUUUUUCUGAUCAACAUUUCGCUUUGGAAUCGAAAAGACUGAUGAAUCUUGAUAACUUUGAUCAAGCGUUGUAUUGUUUUGCGACUCUGUGCUGCUUACUUGUGGAGUUCCAAUAUCAAAAUCAAUUGCAGUAUAUCCAAGACUCUUUAAAUAAGAUAAAUUGUUAUCAGUUUGAUUUGGUAAAGGUCCGAUUCGCCAAAUAUGCUUUAAAACUCCUUCGUCAUACACUCUCAAUGUAUUAUCAGACAGUAAAACAAGAAGAUGAGAAUCUGUUGGGGAGUUUGGAUGCCAUUUUGCUUGAAUUACUUCCAAUUGAGACAUUGAAUGCUCGUGGAUGUUGCUUGUUUUACAUGUUAUUUGUUGCUUUCCAUCUUGAUAGAUUCCUUCAGUUCCGAAACGAUGAGGAAGUUCCAAAAUUGAUAACCCAUGUUUGCCGCUGAUUGACACAUAAGAACCUCCAAAGGAUACAGCGAUUUUUGAUACAGAAAAGUUUGGAAUUGAAGAUGGUAUUAAUAG